GGAACCAUCGUUAUUAUUUAUUAAUAUCAAAUCCCCCUCUUUCAUCCAUCAUGGACGAAAGUUGUCCGAAAUCCACCUCUCAAAGGAUUUCGUAUGAAAAUGCCACCUCAAUCUCAUCCCACCCUUCCAAAAGGCAUGCGCAAAGGAACCCAUAGUUGUUACGAAUGUCGCAAACGAAAAGUUCGAUGUAUCUUCACGAAAGAAUCUACUAUAUGUGGAAACUGUGAAUUAAAAGGUCGAAGAUGUACUGAGCAGAGGAGGGAGUUAAUACAAGCGGGAAAUGUUGAUACGAGAGAGAGUCUUAGAGAGAAGAUUAAGAGACUCGAAGCAGUUAUUGAGGAUUAUAGGAGGAAAAGCAGUAGUACUGCUCCUGAUGUGGUGGAUGAGAAUGUGAACAUUGAGUUGGGAAAUGUACGGGAGGAUAAGCCCAGUUCGGAGUCCCCUCCGUCAGAACUUGGAGCGAAACGUACACCAGUAUCUACUCCGUCGUCCCUUGGAACUGGAACUUCAGCUUCAGUUGAUAAAACUUCCUCUCAAGAUAUCGAUCCCAUCAUAACACUUUUCGAUAACGCUAUCUGGAGAAGCCAUAGCUCUGAUCUCAUCCCCGAGCGUAUUUCUAAGCUUGAUAAAUCUGAAAAUCCAGCAACUGCGAGAAAACGUAUUUGUACUCGCGAAUCAUUACUUUCUAGUCUUAUAUCACCACGGCUCCGUGAAAUAGUGAUCAGCGCUACGUGUUCAUGGUGGUAUACAUGGAGACCACUUGGUUCCAUAAUUCAAUCAUCAACCGGAAACCCAAAUUCGACACUUCAAGAUUUUAUCAUUUGGGCUCUUGAAUCACCUGAUCCAUCGAUUGUUGGUAUAGCAAUACUUUGUAUUGCAGUUUGUCUUCAACAAUUAGAUACUAGAAUUCAUCAAUAUAUUAUUCGACAGCUUCCUUCCUUACCCGGUACACUGUUUCAGGAAUAUCUCGAAAAAGUAGAAAGACACAUUGUGAAUGAUGGGGAUUUCGCUAGUACAGAAGAAGGUAUUGAGACGAUUGUUUUUGCGGCCAAGAUUCAUAUGAAUCUAGGUCUCAAUAGAAAAUGCUGGGUUUUAACCCACCAAGCAAUAUCCUACAGCCAACUUCUCAAUCUCCACCGUCCCCAUCUUUCCACCGACAAGAAUCCACUUGAAAGAAAUCAAAGAAUACAAUCCUGGCUCUCAUUAUGCGCAGGAGAUGCAUAUCUCUCACUUCUUCUCGGACUUCCAUAUGCUGCAGAUGGACGUACGAUUCCUAUCACUCAUAAUCACGAUAACACCACCUCACGAUUCCAUCACAAUCUCAUAAUCCUCUCCUCCAAAGUCAUAGAUCGAAACCAACGAAAUCUUCACCUCUCCAUUUCCCACACAAACAAAAUCCAAAAUUCCCUCGACACCACAACCCAAACCCUUCCCCCCUCAUUCUGGACCCCGCAAAAUUCUCUGUCGGAAAAUAAAAUCACGCGUCCUGAAUACCUCGAACAAAUCGCCGCUCAAUGCUGGUACUACCAUCUCCUCGUACUCCUCCACAUGCCCCUAAUGAUGCAAUCCUUCCUCAACUCCACCCUCGAAACCCACCGUAUCCAAUGCCUCUCCGCGGCACGCAAUCUCCUCCGCAUUUGGCAUAUCAUGCGUUCAGACAUGCAUGACGCAUUCUCCAUGGUAAAACUAAUCGACUACCAAGCAUUCGUCUGCGCAACCCUGCUAAUCCUCCACAAGCUCGAAUCCGGCAGCUGUGCGGGAGAGGGACCAGAAACACGCGAAACCCCCGAUGGAGAAUUAAUCGCGCGCACGAUCGCGACGCUGAAGAAAGCGGGGAGUUCGCUUGGAAAUGGGGUUGCGAAACAGGCGGUGCAGGGAUUGGAAAGUUUGGUGGGGUUGGGGUGUGAGGGGGAUGGGGAGAGGAGUAGGGGAGAGGGAUUGGAGAGGGGGAAUUUAUGUGCCAAAAUUGUGGUGCCGUAUGUAGGUGUCAUUACGAUUUCGCCUGGGGAGUAUUAUAAUUCUGGUUCUGGUGAUUGUGGAGGUGAGGGUGAGGGUGUUGUUGAAUCGGAAACGGAAAUACAUACGCAAAGUCGAAGUCAGAGUCAGAGUCGAAAUCAAAAUCAAACCCAACCAUUUUUAUUCUCGCUAGAGAAUAAUCAUACUCAGAAUCAUCAUCAUAAUCAUGAUCCUAGUCAUGACGAGGUAAACAAUACAAAUACAAACACGCAAAACGAAACCCCUCUAAGAGAAACAAGAGAAGUAAAUACCGUUACAGAUGCAAAUACAGAUGUACAAACACAAACACAAGGACAAAUACAAAUACAAAUGGAAUGGGCCUCGAUUGAUUUUGACUGGACGAGUAAUGUCACGAUGGGAUUUGAAGAUGAUUGGGCGUGGUUGAAUGGGCUGGGGGGAUGAUUUUGUUUGAUGGGAGGGAAGAAAGGGAAGGUGAUGAAGUAGUGGUUCUGGGGAAUAGGGAAUGGGGGAUAGGUCGGGGAUGAGUAUUAUAAAUAAGUAGAUGGGUAGGAUCUCGAUGGAGAAUGAAUGGAUGGAUGGUUGGCGGAUGAGAUAAAUAGAUAUGGCGAUGUUUUACUACAUGAAUGAAUUUAGUUUAAUUGAUGAAUUGAUUAGUCAUUUAGUUAGCUAGUUACUUAGCUAAUUAAACAGCCGUCGGGA